UAUGACUUAGAGCUGGGCCCCCAAUCCCCCUCGGGGACCAAGCAUCCGAGGGGGGUGCGAGCCCUGGUGAAGGUUUUGUCAGCUGCACCUCCCCACAUAAUAUAGCUUAGUUCUUUGUCACAGCUCUGGGGAUGGAAAACCUCCUCCCUUUAUUUACUGACCAAGCACAUAUUCAUCCCUAAUAGUUGUUGUCACUGAUGGAAAGACAAGCUAGAGCUGGGUAAGUGGAUACAGGCAAGAGACACCGUUGGACGAGAGGCAAGCAGCAAUUUUCCAUUAUCCUUUGGUUUGUUGUUGAGAUAUAUCAGUUCAUUUGUGUGUGAACUCCCCACCUAAGAGAGUUGCUGUUUUAUAAGCCAGCUAUAUUCACUGGAAACGAAACCCAGCUUGUGGAACUGAUACUAGAAGACAAUCGCCACAAGGAUUCCCUUAUCUUUAUUCUUCUGUAUGGUAACUACAAUUGGAAAGGACCAAUUUACUGCACUAAAUGGACUACUGCAAAAACAAGAGGAAAACUAGGAAUAUUUGUUCAUUAAGUGUAACAUUUCUCAAAAUACCUAUCAGAAGGUAUUCCUUUUUUAAUGAAACAGAGAAAUUAUUUUGCAAUCAUUUCACAACUUAUCUGUAAAUACAAUAAUACAAUUUAUAGGGCUCUAGAAUUGAAUUCCGUGUUGGCUAAUUCUUUUGAGUUUAUUACUAAACUAUAUUCUAUAUUGUUACCUUAAAUUUUUUAAAUAACUAAUGUAAGUCAUAUAUAAAUUAAACAUAUUAUUUCUAUGAGCUGUUAUAUUUAUACACUUUGGUGAAAAGCUUCAUAUAAUAGUACCAUGGAAAAUAACUCAUAUCCUCUAGACUAUGCUUUAAAAUUGCCCAGCUCAUUCAAUGACACAGACCCCAGGAAUGAAGAUUUAGCUAAAGCAGAGGUGGCAUUGCUAGGUGCAGUAUUUGUUAUUACUACUGGGAGUAACCUCAUCGUUUUGUUUGCCAUAUAUCGAAGAAGAAAAAAGAUGACCCGAAUGCAUUUGUUUAUCGUUCAUCUUGUUUUUACUGACAUGGCAGUGGCCCUCUUUCAAAUCUUACCUCAAAUGAUUUGGGAUAUUACUUUCAGAUUCAUAGGAUCUGACAUCUUGUGCCGAGCUGUUAAAUAUACCCAAGUGAUGAGUAUGUUUGCUUCAACUUACAUGUUGAUGAUGAUGACUAUCGACCGGUAUAUAGCUGUCUGCCACCCACUAAAGACUUUGCAACAGCCAAGUAAGCAAGCAUAUUUAAUGAUAGGGGGCACCUGGAUACUAAGCUGCAUUCUUAGUCUCCCUCAGAUAUUCAUCUUUUCAAUGAAGGAGAUAAGUCAAGGAGCAGGGGUUAUUGAUUGCUGGGCUGACUUCAGAUAUCCAUGGGGUGCCAAAGCCUACAUUACAUGGAUAACUGUAUCCAUAUUUUUUGUUCCAGUAGUAAUCCUGCUACUUUGCUAUAGCUUAAUAUGCUGUGAGAUCUGCAAGAAUCUCAAGGGAAAAAUGCAGACUUCUGGGGUAGGGCAGAGGGAAAGCAAUGGGCAAGUCAUACCCUCAAGGGUAAGCAGCAUCAGAACCAUCUCUAGGGCGAAAAUCAGGACUGUGAAGAUGACCUUUGUUAUUGUCUUUUCGUAUAUCUUAUGCUGGACUCCAUUCUUUAGUGUUCAGAUGUGGUCAGUAUGGGAUGAAAACGCACCAGAUGAAGAUUCUACUGAUUUUGCCUUCACAAUUACCAUGCUCCUUGCCAGCCUGAGCAGCUGCAGUAAUCCCUGGAUCUAUAUGUUUUAUAACAGCCCACAGCUGUGUCGUGGAACAUCUAGACCUCAUGGCCACAGGCAUAAUUCUACAGGCAGUGCCUCCAGCCGCAGAGACACCCUUCUUACGCAGUUACGCACUCGCUCCUUGCUCAGGGGAACAGGUUCACAUGGCACGUGCAACAGCAUCAGGGAUCUGUAUCCUGCCUUCGAUGAUACAGUGAUAGAAUCAGGAAUUUUGUGACAAUAUAUUAAUAAACUCAUUUUGAAGAUGCAGAUACAGACAAUGAAAUAGCUAACUUGUAAAUGAAAGUUGUAUUGCGUUUCAAGUGAUUAUAAUAGUUGAACUUGUAUGUUAUGUAUGUUAUUCAAUAGUGAUUAAAAAUAUAUUACCCUGUUUUCUUGGUAUUUGGAAAGAAUUAAGGGUUAUUCCUGGUGCUUUAUAGAAACUGCAGUUAGGGUAGCAAAUGACUUAACAUCUAGUGAGAGCUUAUUUAGGGAACAUGCCUUGUUAGUUAUACAGUACAUGCAAGAACUUCUUUACCAAUGUUGCGAGUAACUGCUAAAUCCAUGCUCAUGACAAAAACAUGGAUAAUGGUUAAGCACCCCAGUAAUUGUAAUCACUUACUGGACAUUCAGGCUAGUGCAGUUUUCUCCUAACAGGAGCACCAGCCAGUGAUAUCAGGUAAACUAUUAAAAUCACGCGGGGGCAGGGGAGGAGCAUUACAUAUGGCACCCCUCAGUGAAUUUGGAUUUCCUUCUUCUUUAAGUUCAACAAUAAAGCCUAUGGCACACAGGGAUUUUGGGCAUUUUUAGCAUAAGUCGCACUGUCACUGCUUUGUGUGCUUGUUGAACAUUAACAUUAGUACUAACAUUAGAAACAUUGGUACGAAGACAGUGGCAUUCAAAAUUCUUUGCAUAGGCUUUAUAAGUAUAUUGCCCAUAUGUAUCAUUGUUUGCUUUACCACUGGAAUGUAACAA